UCCGCACACAUUUCUUUGCUCAAACUUAUACAUAAAUAUACACAAUAUAUAACAGAGGGCGGCUGUCUAUUCAAUCGUGUGUUUGUAUUGUUCGUUGACAGACGGAAAACUGAAAAUGUUAAGUAGGAUCAACAGGUCGAAUAAGCUUACCGCCAAAGCUUCGGCGUUUAAUUAAAAUAAAGUUUUCGAUAUUUGAGAUGACGAAAUAUUUAUUGUAUAUCAUAACAUCGACGUUUGAAGUUUCAUUGACAAAUAGUGGAGUAACAUCUGUUGCUUCGUACAGUUGUACUAGUUGACAAACCUGGAGUACACUUUAACUUUUAACUGAAGUUGUACGGUUGAUUUACUUGUCUUUUGAAUACAAUCAAGGAAGUACUUUGUUGAACAAAUACAGCCAAGAUGUUCUCAAGAUUUAUGAAAUAUACUGUCAGCAGGAUUCAACAAAGGGCACUAGGUUAUGUCUUUAAUGGACUACGUAGGUCGUUUGGGGAAAAGUUAAGACAAAAAUCCAUUGGACCUGCUCCUAUUUACAUUGCUGCUCUUUGGGGUAUUAGCAAGAAAAAAGACGACGACAAGUCCUUGACAAAUAAAGAACUUUUACUUGCAAAAGCUGAUGCAUUGUUUGAUCAAGAAGAAUAUCACGAAAUUUACAAGUUACUUAAAGGAUAUAAGGAAAAUAGGGAUGUAGAAAUAUUAUGGCGUCUAAGUCGCACUCUUUACAAGAUGUCUAAAUUGGAGAAACAGGAAAGUGAAGCUAAAAGGUUGAUUUACGAAGCUUAUGAUUUGAUCAAUUUAGCUUUAGAAAUCAAAGAGGAUCAUUGGGCAGUUCAUAAAUGGGUAGCAAUUUUAUUGAAUGACAAAACAAAUUAUGAAGGCACCAAAAUAAAAAUCAAAGAACUUAAUAAUAUCAAACAACACAUGCUACGAGCCUCAGAGCUCAAUCCAAAAGAUGCUACCACUCUUUAUUUAUUAGGUAAUUGGUGUUAUCAGGUGACGGAUUUACCUUGGUUUCAAAGAAAAAUUGUCUCUACAAUAUUCAGUGAACCACCAACUUCAACUUUUGAAGAAGCCCUACAGUAUUUUGAAAAAGCAGAGCAUGUAGAUCCUAAUUUUUAUGGGCACAAUUUAUUGAUGUUAGGUAAAACGUAUCUAAAACUCAAUAAAAAAGAAGAUGCGAUGAAAUAUUUGAAAUUAGCUUCUGAAUACCCUGCUAAAAACGACGAUGACCAAGAAGCUAAACAGGAGGCACAAAAAAUUUUGAAUAAUCUUUGAUACCUGUAUAUAUAUUUAUAUACAGAUUUGUGAUUAAUUAAAAAUUUUUGUUCAUGCUCACAUUACUUUACAGCAUCGCUUGAUCACAGGACCAAGAGAGAAGCAUUGAAAAUCUUUAAUACUUUAUAAGAAUUGACAAUCAUAAUAGAUAAUUGAGAUGGAAAUAUUUAAGCACAUUUAAAAUAUCAACUCUCAAAAGUACAUAAAAUGUAACUUGUCUGACAAUUUUUUUUAUCAAUCAUGCAGCUGACUGAUUUUUCACAAAGAUUAACUACUGUAUAUUAACAUAUUUGAUUAACUUUAACUUACAUUAGUGUAUGUGUAUAUCAUUGUAUUGUAUUUCAAAGGAAUUUGGAGCUCAAUAAAAGAGAAUGGAAGACUGAUAUAUAAAAAA